AUGGCCGAGGCCAUGGAUGUCGACGCAGUCCCCCCGCGAGGUGUCAAGCGCACGGCGGAAGAGGCAGGCUUGCCUCCUGAGGCUCCGCCUCGUAUCAAGGCAUAUGUCGUCAACAAAAUUGCCGCCGGUGAGAUUAUCGUCGCCCCCGUGAAUGCUCUCAAGGAGUUACUCGAAAACUCCAUCGAUGCUGGAUCCACUUCUAUCGAGGUUCUGGUCAAAGAUGGCGGCCUCAAGCUGUUGCAGAUUACCGACAAUGGCCAUGGAAUCGAGAAAGAUGACUUGCCCAUUCUCUGCGAAAGGUUUACCACCUCCAAGUUGAAGAACUUCGAGGAUCUCAUGUCCAUUGGCACCUACGGUUUUCGAGGAGAAGCCCUUGCCAGUAUCAGCCAUAUUGCCCACCUCAGAGUAACUACAAGGACUACGAACUCUAGCUGUGCGUGGCAGGCACAUUAUCAAGAUGGAAAACUUUCCGCCCCGAAACCUGGUCAAUCUUCAGACCCGAAGCCGUGUGCUGGUCGGCCUGGAACACAGAUCACUGUCGAAGACCUUUUCUACAAUAUCCCCAACCGUCGUCGGGCCUUUAGAUCGCCGUCGGAAGAAUAUGCAAAGGUGCUUGAUAUCAUUACCCGAUACGCCGUGCACCGCGAAGGUGUUGCGUUUUCCGUCAAAAAGCACGGUGAGACCGGUAUAGGCUUGUCAGUAGCCGCCGCCGCCACCAAAAUUGACAGACUCAGGCAAGCAUAUGGGGGAAGUAUCGCAAAAGAGAUCAUGGAGUUCGGCACCGAUGAUUCACGUUGGGGCUUCAGAGCAUCUGGCUAUGCUACCAAUGCAAACUACCAUUCGAAACGAACGAUGUUACUUCUCUUCAUCAACAACCGGUCGGUCGAGUCAUCAGCUGUCAAGAAAGCUAUCGAGCAGACAUAUCAGCUAUUUCUUCCUAAAGGUGGACAUCCCUUUGUCUACCUCAGCCUGGACAUCGAUCCUGCCCGAGUUGAUGUCAAUGUACACCCCACUAAGCGAGAAGUCCACUUCUUGAACGAGGACGAAAUCAUUGACUUGGUUUGUGCAAACAUCCGGGAAAGUCUGGCAAAGGUCGAUACGAGCAGGACUUUCAAGACUCAGACACUCCUUCCUGGGGUCACCCCUAUGACGCCAAUGAAUCCGAGGUUCCCGACCGGGGACCAAACUCCUGCUACGGACGACACCAAUUCAAGAAGGACCUCAACCUCUAAAAAGCCCUACGAAAACAAUCUAGUACGGACUGACUCGAAAAUGCGAAAAAUCACUUCGAUGCUUCCGCCAGCCUUGCAAACUUCAACAUCUCAAGACGAGACUGUGACAACUGCGGGCAUACGAUACGCAACAACCGAUCGAGAACAAGUCCAAAUACGCCUCACAUCCGUGAAGGAUCUCCGAGCCGAAGUCCGUGAUGCAAUGCACAACGCACUGACCGAAGUAUUCGCCUCUCUAACCUACGUCGGUGUUGUGGAUAGCAACAGAAGACUGGCAGCCAUCCAGUCGGGCGUCAAGUUGUACCUGGUUGACUACGGGAUGACAUGUAACGAGUUCUUCUAUCAAGUCGGUCUGACUGACUUUGGCAAUUUUGGGCUCAUCCAGUUGGAGCCUGCGCCUCGCCUGAAGGAGCUUCUAGAUAUCGCGGCCGAACAUCAAAUCUCGAUCGACCCGACCUGCGCAGGUCUGGACAAAGACCAAGUCGCGGACAAGGUAUACAAACAGCUCAUGAAGAGCCGAGCCAUGCUAGCGGAGUAUUUCUCCCUCGAGAUUUCCGAGGACGGCCACUUGCAGACGAUCCCACUGUUGGUGAAAGGGUAUACGCCAUGCAUGGCCAAAUUGCCCACGUUCUUGCUGAGGUUGGGCCCUUUCGUGAACUGGACCGAGGAGGAAGGCUGUUUCCGUACAUUUUUGCGGGAGUUGGCCAGUUUCUAUGUGCCCGAGAUGCUGCCGGCACCGAAACCGAAUCAGCAGCACACAGAAAAAGGCCAGGACAAGGGGAAGCGCGGGGAGGACGAGAUGCAGGACGUAGGAAGCGAGCCAGAAGCUUCUCACAAUUCGCCAGUGCGAGACGACAAUAACGGAGACAACUCCGAUGAAGCCACAGAGAAUAGAAGGACAGAGCUUGAACACGCGCUCGAGCACGUCCUCUUUCCGGCCUUUCGGUCAAGGAUCGUGGCGACACAAGGGAUGCUCAAGGGCGUCGUCGAGGUGGCGAACCUCAAGGGUUUGUAUCGCGUCUUUGAGCGGUGCUAG